AGAAGCCGGUUCCGUGGUUAGAGAGACAGCCGUAGCAGUGGGCUUUAAUGGCUCUGCUAAGUUUGGUAAGUUUGCUAACAGGCGAAUCCAGGGUAGGGUGCUGACCUGUGGAGGCCGAGGAUUUCCGAGUCCCAGUUUUAGGAAACCCGGAUGUCUCGUUGAACUCAUUGCUGCGGGAAGAGGUUGCCUGAUUCUGGGGCUUCUGGCGGGCUGUGUUUCGGGAGGCUGGAGGGCUGCGGUAUCCUUCAGUGAACAGCUUCAGGCGCUCUUUGCGUGGUCUGAGCGCGUCUCCUCUGCCCGAGAGACUGUUGCUCUCUACCUGCCGCUGCUGACGAGCUAUUUCACCUGUUAUUCUUUUAAGCUGAUCUGAGAAGGCUCAUUUCUUGUUGGAUGGAUGAUGGCAUUUGAGCAGAUACCAAGAAAGGAUUGGUACAGCAUUCUAGGGGCAGACCCAUCUGCAAGUGUGUCAGACCUAAAACAAAAGUAUCAAAAACUCAUAUUAAUGUAUCAUCCAGAUAAACAAAGUGCAGAUGUGCCAGCAGGAACAGUGGAGGAAUGUAUACAGAAGUUCAUCGAAAUUGAUCAGGCAUGGAAAAUUCUAGGGAAUGAAGAGACAAAAAAAGAGUAUGACCUGCAGCGGCAUGAAGAUGAUCUAAGAAAUAUGGGACCAGUCGAUGCUCGAGUAUAUCUUGAAGAAAUGUCUUGGAAUGAAGGUGAUCACUCCUUUUCUCUAAGUUGCCGAUGUGGUGGGAAAUACAGUGUUUCCAAGGAUGAAGCAAAAGAAGUCACACUGAUUUCUUGUGACACAUGUUCACUAAUCAUAGAACUCCUUCAUUAUCACUGAAAUUGGUCAGUAGGUAGAAUCCUUUAGUAUAUUCAGACACAUGGAGGAGAGUCCACUCCAGCUUGGUCCAUUCAAGCAAAUGUAUAAAGCUGAUAAAAAGUAGGAUCCUUUUUUUGUCAGCUCUAUUAUUUGCAGAGAAAAUAGAAUAUUGUCAAGCGAAGGCCACCCAGAUUAAUAGAAAAUUAAUUUCAUUAUUUAUAUAUGUAUUUAAAAUUUUUAUUUGUAGAUCAAAAAUUUUAUUUAGUUAAUUCCCAUCUGGGAACUUUAUUACUGGUUCAUUUUCUCCAAAGUAAGGGUUUUUCUUUCUUCAUAUAAGCAUGUCUCUUCUUUUGAUGGGUCAUAGUAUCAUCACACUCCUUUAUAGUUGCUAAGUUUCUGAAGUAACAUGAUAUCUCUAGCUGUUAGAAUUACAGGCCUUUUGUACAACUAUCUCAAAUUCUCAGGUCAUCAGAAUUAAGUUAGUCUUUGUGAAUAACAUGUGAGCCUACCUCUGCCAUGAUGAAGUCUCGAUAUGAAUAUUCAUGAGGUUAUUUCAAAAAAUAAAGGCCACAAAAUGGUAACUGCCAAGAAGGAUAGUCUUGGGGUCAGAAAACGUGCCAUUGCAUUGCUGUAUGGUGAAGUGGACCUUUAUAAUGUAUUGUUAUUGAUUAUAGUAGACUGUAAAGAUUUUAUUUUUCUAUAAAUUUAAUAUUCUUUUGUACAGUAUAAGUCAGAACUCAUUUAAAAAAUUUUAAGGAAUCUUUUAUGGAAUCACUGAAACUUUCUUCCCUAUUUCAAAUGAAUGAGCCAAGCAUGUGACUUAGCAGAUUUUUAUUAGGUCAAAUUCUUGGUAUUUAUUUUGUUGGUUUAGACUUUCAUGACUAGUUACUACUCUGCCUUGUAAAUGUAGCUACAGUAUGAAGCAUAUUCAAGAGUAGUAAAUUACUUUCAUUAUGCCUGUAAAAGCACAAAUUUUAAAGUGAGGUUGUUCCAAUUUUACCCCUAAAAAUAUUUCUAUAUCAUAAAAUUUAGAUAACUUAUUUUAGAAUAAUUUUUAUCCAUGUAUCUUGAAUAAUAUACCUUACAGAGUAUGUGUUGUUUACUCUUUAUAUUUAACAAUUAAAAAUAACUAUAACUGAAUAGCAAAUAGUUUAUUAGUAAGUACAUGGUUUCAGUAACAAUAAUAAAUUCACUUAGAAGACAAUAAUCAAAUCAAAAGAAUAAAUGCUUGCUAAUCAUCAGAAAAUCUGUAGCUAUUAGGGCUGUCACGCAGAAAUCCAAAAUCACUCAGAGGCCAAAUCUGUAAAAUCAAAAUGUGAUUGAAGACAAUUAAUAAAGGUGAUUUUAAAGCAUUA